AUGGAUUGGAUACAACAUCUCGACAUUGAUAGCGUAUCUUGUUUGACACCAUCGGUAUUGAACAUUCCAUGUCGCCUACAAAGUUUACGAAUACAGCAAGUGGAAGAGAUAGCCAUCGAUCCUUUAUCAUUGGCACAUGCCAAAGCACUUACCACCAUCGAGCUCAUCAGCUGCAGUUCCCGCAUUGUCAACAACGUCAUAUUACAUCACCUACCAACCCAGUUGGCGCGGCUUGUGCUACAUGAUUGUCCAGCUGUUACCGAUCGACAUGUCGUUUGUGUUGCUAACGCAUGUUCACGGCUCUUAUCGUUGGUCAUUACUGGCAAUAGCAGCAGCUUGAUAUCAGAUGAAGGCUUAACUGCUGUAAUCAAUUCCAAUCCACUUCUUCAAGAGAUUGUGGUGAUACCGCCACGUACCAUUGUGCAGUUGAAUACAAUCACCAGUGUCACCAUUGAUGCCAUCUUAGCCCAAUGUUCUAAUCUCAGGCUCUUUGUAUGCCCUAAUCAAUCCCGUAUUGCCAAUACAAGCACCAUGGAUCGACUCAAGACCCACUGCCAUUUAUUAGAAUUAUGUGAUUUAAGACAUCCUCUCAUUCCAGAUAGUCCAUAUUAUGAAAAGCAUUAA